UUUUUACCUCUUUGAACUUCUUUCUCAUCUCUCUUUGUCUCCCUCUCCUAUUCCUACGACCAAAGACCAGUCUUCAUGAAGAUAUUCUACAAAUGAUUUUCUCGGUCAAACUUUCUCAAUUUCUCAUCAUCUUCAAAUAUAUACUAGCUAGCUAUCCCCUCCUCCUACACCAUGGCCUUAAAAUCACACACCAAUAUUUCCCUCCUCUUAACUCCCUCACUCCAAAUUCUUUCUCCUCAAAACAAACAACCAAACCAGUUUAAUUAACCUCUUUUCUUUUCCUUAUUAAUAAUAUAAGCCGCAAAAGUACAUACACACAGAAAACGCAUUUAUAUAUACUUCAUUACAACAUGAUCUAUUGUCCAGCUAAUUAAUACUAGUUACUAGUUAGUAUUGCCCAUUUCUCUACAUAUAUUAUCUAUCCAGAUCGAUCAUACGACGUGUCGUAUAAUUCAUUCUAUAAGAUGGGAGAUUGGGAGCAAAAGAAUCUGCUGAAUGAGCUGACACGAGGGAAAGAGCUUGCAGGGCAACUCCAACUCCAUCUCAUCAACGCAUCUUCUCCUUCUUCCCACGAAACGGGUCAGUAUUUGGUCCAAAAGAUUUUAGUUUCUUAUGAAAAGGCACUCUCGAUGCUCAACUGGCCUGGAGAUCAUCCACCACAGCCACCCCCAGUUCUUCAACUUGGAAUGUCCGAUUCCCCACCUUCUUUGACCGGAAGUCCACGCAGCGAGGACUCUGACCGUGACCAGGACAACAAAGAUUACAUGGGCUCUAGAAAAAGGAAGAGUUUGCCAAGGUGGACGAAGCAAGUGAGGGUGAGUCCUGGGAUGGGACUAGAAGGGCCUCUUGACGAUGGGUUUAGCUGGAGAAAAUAUGGCCAAAAGGACAUUCUUGGAGCCAAAUAUCCCAGGGGCUAUUACAGAUGCACUCAUCGAAAUGUUCAAGGAUGUUUGGCCACAAAGCAAGUCCAACGAUCAGAUGACGACCCUACAAUCUUUGAAAUCACAUACCGAGGGAGGCACACGUGCACCCAAGCUCCCGGUCACGUGAUCGGAAGCAGCAGUACUAACCCAACAGCCUCAGCUGACCAAAACCAAGAAGUGGUAGCACUUCAAACAACCAAUACCAACAACAAUAUUAUUAAUAACUUCCCAUUAGAACAAAUGAGUCAUCAACAUCAGCCUCAAGCACAAGAAGAUCACAUUCUUUCCAGUCUCAGAUCAGGCCUCAGGGUCAUCACCGAAGGCCUAAAGAAUCUUGAUGACGGUCAUUCAGCUGCCCUAAUCCCCUCUUUCCACUUCGCUGCAUCGUCCAGUCCUACCACUGCGGCUAAUAAUAAUAAUACGAAUGUUAACAUGACAGACGCGUUGGCAGUGGCGGUGGCCGCUGGUGGGGAAGAACAGAACCCUGCUGCUCAUCGUACUUUUUCUUCGAAUAAUUAUCCUAUGAAUAUGAUCAUCGACGACAGUUUAAUGAGAGAAUUUUCUCCGUCGUUUGUGUCCCCGGCAGCUUCUGGGACGAACUAUUUCUCAUCGUCAGUGUCGCCUCAAGCUGGUCACCAUCAUCACGAAUUUGGAGGAGGAAUUCACGAAACUUUUCAUGAUCGUCAGCAGGAUUCUGAGUCUGAUCAGAUAGCGGCGGUAAUCUCCUCUUCAGCUGCUAAUACUUCCACAAUUGGUCCGGAUUUUCAAUUUGGACAAGGUGAAUUCGACUCCAACUUCACCUUUGAUAAUUCAGGAUUCUUUUCCUGAUUUUCUAUGUUGAUCGAUCAAUCAAUUCAGCGAUCAAUCAAUUGUACCGAUGUCGACUUUCAUGUUUUAAGUAGUGCUCGUCCUAGCUAGAUCAAUUAACGCGAGGACAAUAAUAUUUAUAUUUAUAUAAAUAUGUGGAGAGGAAAAGAGAGAUAGUUAAAUAGGUACGUAAGAGUAAAAACAAUGUACACUAUAAGUGUCAUACUUUUUGUAUUUUAUAUUUUGGCAAUUUUAUGAUUAUGUAUUGCUUUUUCAGUUGCAUCUGUAUUUUGUAAUUUAACAGUAUUUUAACUCA